AUGUUUCGCUCAAUUCUUCGGCAAAAUCAAGCCAAACCCAGUGGAAUUAAACAUGUUCUCAUUGUCGGCGCAGGAAUUAUGGGUAGUGGAAUUGCGCAGGUAAGAAAAAAAGAAAAUAAAAAAAUAUGCAAAUUUAUUAAAAUUUUUAUUUUUUUAAUAAUUUUUUUUCAGAUCUCAGCUCAAUCCGGAAUCUCCGCAACUCUCGUGAAUCGAAGUGCCUCGGGCCUUUUACGAGCCGAAAAUACAAUUAUGACGUCAUUGAAGAGGGUUGCAAAACGCAAAUUCGCCAAUGAAAACGAGCGAAAACAGUUUGUUGAAAGCUCAAUGGACAAAAUUACGAUGAUUCAAGGGCUGGAAAAAGUGAAAAGAAGUCCAGAUCUGAUCAUUGAGAGUGUUGUGGAAGAUGUGGAGAUCAAAAUGAAGAUUUUUGAGGAACUUGAAGCGGUUUUUGAGAGGUGAAAAUUUUGGGAUUUUUUUGAUUUUUUUAUAUAUUUUUUGGAUUUUAAUAAAACUGGGAAAAUUUAAGGUAGCAUUUUCUACUAUAAUUGGGACGGAAUUUAGCAAAAAAACAGCAUUUCCAUUUUUUUUUUUUUUUUUUUUUGAUAUUUUUUCUAUAAGUCUGGCAAAAAAAAUAGCCAAAAACAUUGUUUGUGACCGUCUCAUGAAGUGAAUUUUGGAUUUUUUUGUCAUUUUGGACCUAAAAAUCUCAAUUUCCUUUUAGCAAAACUUUAAUUUAUAACUUGUUUCAUUGAAAUCUUAUUUUUUAUUUUUUUUUGGUUCUUCGAUUUUAGUUUUUUUUUGUUUCUUUUUUUGUUUUCAAUUUCUGUCUGUUCCAAUUCCAUAGCAUGCCAAUUUUUUUAUAAAUAGAAAAAAUCGAAAAAAUAGCAUUUUUAUGAAAAUUGUGAGCUGCGCCCGAGAGUUUUGAAAAAAAAUCGAUUUUUUUUGAUUUUCAUUUUUUAAAAAUUUUUUUUUCUGGCCAAAUUUCUUCCAUCUAAAUUUCCGACUUUUCAGCUCCACCCCAAUUGCCACAAACACCUCUUCCUUCUCCCUGACCCACCUCUCUUCCCAAAUGAGGCAUCCCGACCGUUUCGGGGGCCUUCAUUUCUUCAAUCCGGUCGUUGUGAUGAAAUUGGUGGAGAUCGUGAUGACCGAAAACACCUCAAAUCAAACUUUGGACCUUCUUUCGACUUAUGUAAGAGCCAUUGGGAAAACGGGCGUCUUUUGUCGCGAUACGAUGGGAUUUAUUGUGAAUCGACUGUUAUGUCCGGUCAUGUUCGAAGCGAUCCGAAUGGCAGAGAGGGGAGAUUCGACGAUGCAAGAUAUCGAUCUGGCCAUGAAGUUGGGAGCCAAUUUGCCGAUGGGACCCAUCAAAUUGGCCGAUUUUGGAGGCUUGGACACACUGAAUUCGAUCUUGAAAGGUACAUUGUACUAGAUUUUUGAUGAUUUUUGAAUUCAGGCUUAUUUUAAAUUGUCUGCAAAUGAUGUGUAAGACAUGUUGAGACAUUAGAGGCCAAAUUGGAUAAAAAUACGUCAAAAUUUUGCAAAGAAUCGACAAAAAUUAUAUUAUCCAUGAAAAAUUUUUUGAUGAUUUUUGAAUUCAGGCUUAUUUUAGAUUGUCUGUAGAUUAUUUAUAAGCCAUUUUGAGACAUUAGAAAUCAGAAUUAAUAAGAAAAAAACAAGAUUUUGCAAGAAAUCGACAAAAAUUAUGUUAUCCAUGAAAAUUUUUCGAUGAUUUUAGGGGUUGGAACUAAUUUGUUUUACCUGUAAUGGACAUUCAUGCCUUUCUGCAUCAUUUCAGAUAAAAUAAAGCAAAAAUAAACUUAUAAAUUGACAAAAAUUAUAUUAUCCAUGAUGAUUUGAGUAAAAAUUUAGCUCUAAAUAUGAGCAGAAAUUCCCUCAUAUUUUAUCAUAAACUCAAAAUUUCAUCUAUAUUUUUUAGGAUGGCACGAGAAAGACCCCACCAAUCCACUGUUCCAGCCCAUUGAAUUGCUCCAGAAGAAGGUCGAUGGAGAAAAACUUGGUCCAAAAACCGGCGAAGGAUUCUACAAAUAUAAGAAAUAAAUUGAGAUACUUUUAUUUGAUCGUUGCUGAUUGUCCUGUAGUCAAAAAAAUUUUUUUUUAUUUUCUCUGCAGUCGAAAAAAAAUCAAUUUUAUUUUCCACCGCAGCGUGCACCACCAUUUUUAUUGCAAAAAUUGGACUGGAAUCAGAAGUUCGAAGCCGGAUUUCAAGAAGGCCUGGAACGCUGCAAGGAUCUUGAGAUUGCCAAAGACGAUUUUGAAAAAGAACUUUCCAUUUCUGCAGAAAACAAGGCACUUGAAGAUUCCAAAAAGAAGUUUGAGAAAGAAGUUGAUCGAUAUAAGGAAUUGAAUCAACAACUUGAAGCUGAAUGUCAACGAAAAGAAAAGAUGGUCAGAAAACUUCAAGAAGACCUGGAGAGAUCGGAUAAUCAGCAUAUCGUGAAUCAGCACAUGCUGAAGAAGCACAAACAGAGAAUUGAACUCGAAAUUGAGAGGAAUAUGAGUGCUGAAAGUCAUAUCGACAAUUUGAUGGAAAAGAUCAGGAAACUGGAAAAGCAAAUCCAAAAUUUGCAAAAGCUUGAACCUGAAGAUCAGAAACGCGACGAAUCUGAAGACAGAAGGGCCGAAGACAGUCCUAGCGAACGGUCAGAGGGAACUGAAAGUUUUGUGAGACUCGAUGAAUCGUCCGUCGAUGGAUACUCCGAAAUUGAUCAGGACGACUUCCAAGUUUCCAAGCAGUCAUCAUCAUGA